GGCAUCUUUUUAGAAAAAAUUCAUUUAUAGCAAGUAGCUCUCUCACCAUGGGAUAAUUCUUGCUCUCUUUUUUUUUUCCUCUCACUCUCACUCACUCAUUCACUCAUUUUCAUUAGCUCAAAAAAAAAAAAGUUUUGCUAAUUAAUUAGCAAUAAAUAUUUUUUUUGUUCUUGUUUUUGAAGAUAAGGUUUUUAAGGGGAAUUUUUUUUUUCUUGAAUUCAUAUUUGGGUGAAUUCAAGAAAAGAUGUCAGGAGAACCUUCAUCGGUUAUGUUUCUUGCAAUGAGAGAAGAAGAACAGAUAAAACAACAACAACAACAGCAACAACAACACGAAAUUCUUCUUCAUCAACAACAACAACAACAUGGCGAACCGCCUUCUUCAUCAACAACUCAAUCACAACAAGCAACAAAAAAGAGAAGAAAUCAGCCUGGAACACCAAAUCCAGAUGCAGAAAUAAUAGCACUAUCUCCCAAGACCCUAAUGGCAACAAAUAGGUUUGUAUGUGAGGUAUGCAACAAAGGUUUUCAAAGAGAACAAAAUUUACAACUACAUAGAAGAGGACAUAAUUUGCCUUGGAAAUUAAAACAAAAGAGUACAAAAGAGGUUAAGAGAAAAGUUUAUUUGUGCCCUGAGCCUAGUUGUGUACAUCAUGAACCUUCAAGAGCACUUGGUGAUCUUACUGGGAUUAAGAAACAUUAUUCAAGAAAACAUGGUGAAAAAAAAUACAAAUGUGAGAAGUGUUCCAAGAAGUAUGCUGUCCAAUCUGAUUGGAAAGCUCAUACUAAGACUUGCGGUACGCGCGAAUAUCGAUGUGAUUGUGGCACCCUUUUCUCAAGGCGUGACAGUUUCAUCACUCAUAGAGCCUUUUGUGAUGCAUUGGCACAAGAAAGUGCAAGAAAUCCACCAAGUUUGAGUAGCAUUGGGAGUCAUUUAUAUGGAAGUAGCAAUAACAAUAAUAUGAGUUUAGGUGGCCUCUCGAAAUUAAAUUCCCAAAUUCCAGAUCAUCAUGAAAUGCUUCACUUCGGAGGCGGCAACAAUAACAAUAAUAACAACAACACUAGUGGCGGGGCCCACCACCAUCAUCAUCAUCACAACCAGUUUGACAACAACAACAACAACCUCAUUGGCUCGUCAGCUUUUCGUCCUUCAACUUCCUUCUUCCAACUUCCAGCUGAUCAAACAAGUCAUCAAGACUACGGGGCGAUGAAUAAUAACAAACCAUCAAUCCAUGGACUAAUGCAACUUCCCAAUCUUCACAACAACAAUGCGAAUGUUGCCACUGGUUCUUCUAGUAUGUUUAACCUGAAUUUCUUCCAGAAUAACAACAACAACAAUAACAACAACGUCGUUGAUAACGAUCAUAAUAGCAAUAUUUCUGGAGGUCUUGGUGGAUUAUUACUUCCUAGUCCUCAUCAAUUUAGCAACAACACUAGUGGUGAAGGUUCAAAUAAUUCAUCGAACAUUUUCUCAAGUGGUACCCUUCUAAACGAUCAUCAUCACCAUCAUCAUCAUCAUAUGAGUUCAUCAAUUCCUUCUCUUUAUGUCUCAUCAUCACCGGCCCCACCUAUGUCAGCCACCGCGCUCCUCCAAAAAGCGGCUCAGAUGGGUUCUACUACUAGUUGCAACAAUAGUACUAGUGCUUCAUUGCUUAAAGCAUUUGGUUCUGUUGUUAGUGUUGGUGCUGGUGUUGGUGGUUCAUCAUCUAGCGCGAUGAAAUCUGAUCUUCAUCCACCGCCAGCUGUCAACUUUGGCGGUGUUUACGGUCAUGAGGACCCUAUGAGCGCUGGGAAUCAUCUUCAUGACCUAGUCGUUAAUGCUUAUGGCGCACAAGAUCAAAAUCAGGACUAUGGAGGAGUGAUAGGAGGUUACAACACCAACAACAAGAUGAAUAAUUAUGAUCAACCACCACCACAAAAGAAGCAAAUGAUUAGUAACAACUUUUCAAUGGACAUUGGGAUGCGUGAAGAAGCUAAUAGGUUAACAAGAGAUUUUCUUGGAGUUGGAGAAAUUGUAAGAAAUAUGAGUAGUGGUGGUGGAGGAUUUAGUAGCAGCCAACAACAAAUGAGUUCAUUGGAUGAUAAUAAUAAUAAUUCUGAGAGUAGAAAAAAUCAAAAUCAUCAUCAUCAACAACCUUUUGGAGGUGGCACUUUUCAAUGAGUAAAUUAAGAGAUACAUGCACCAAAAAGUACAGGGAUCCAAGAAAAGGUUUUAUAAUGGAGCAGAUAGCUGUAGAUUAAUGAAGAAGUUCUCUUGAAGAUUUUAGCUGGAAAUUAGAAAUACCUUUAUUU